CACAAGUUUCAACAAACAUUACGAGUUUCUUAAAAAUAAAAAGUUUCAACUAUAAUUUUGAUUUAUGGACGGCUAAAACAUUUGAAAUUGUCAUAUUACAGUAAAUGAUGUUUAAGAAUGUUUAUUUGUUCUAUAACACCUUCUCCACCACUAGUGGUUCCCACCAACUUUAUUCCAACCGUUUUUGGUUACCAUUUCAUUUCUAGGCCCACAUUCACAUUCCUGCCACUCUUCUCUUCAAAAUCUAAUCUUGAAUAGUUCCAUACAUAUUAUACACACCUCUUAACUCAACUUGCAAGGUUCAGCAUAAAGAGUUCUAAAUUUGCUACUAGUUUGAAGAGUUCGAGGUUGUUUUGUUUUGAUUGGUUGACAAUGUCUGCUGCUUUAGGCGCUGUGUCAGCGACCAAAGAUGUUUCUUUUAAUGUUCAUUUGGAGGAAGAGCACAAAAACAAAGGAACCAACAAGGUUGAUGGUGCCAACUAUGAUGAUGUUGAGGAAAUUGUGCUAGAUGAAGAUGAAGAGGAAGAACACAAGGUGGAGUUGGAUCUUGGUCCUCAGUUUUCUCUCAAGGAACAGCUUGAGAAAGAUAAAGAUGAUGAAAGCUUGAGGAAAUGGAAAGAGCAACUUCUAGGGAAUGUUGAUGUGUCUGCUGUUGGAGAGAAAAUUGAGCCAGAAGUGAAGAUAGCGAGUCUCAGUAUUAUAUGCCAAGGAAGACCUAACCUCAUCUUGCCAAUUCCAUUCACUAGUACUGAUUCCAAAAAGAGUAUUUUCACUCUCAAGGAAGGAAGCCAUUACAGGCUAAAAUUCUCCUUCACUGUCUCAAACAACAUCGUUUCUGGACUCAAAUAUACUAAUGUUGUUUGGAAAACUGGUGUCAGAGUGGAUAACACAAAGAAAAUGUUGGGAACUUAUAGCCCACAGCAGGAACCAUAUACAUAUGAAUUGGAAGAAGAAAUUACUCCUUCUGGCUUGUUUGCAAGGGGGACCUAUUCAGCAAGAACCAAGUUUGUAGAUGAUGAUCGAAAAUGCUACUUGGAUGCUAGUUAUAGGUUUGAGAUUCAGAAGAAUUGGCCUACAAACCAAUAAGACAGAUAGAAAUUCAACUUUAUGUUUGAUUAUUAAAUUGAGUUAGUGGAGUUGUGCACAUGCAUGCUAAAUGAUAGUGCAAAUCUUUCUUCCCCUUCUAUAUGAUAUGGUUUCAUUUUUUGUAUUGUAAUGACUAAAAUUUUCACAUAAAGGAAAUGCUCGUGACAAUCGCACUCAUUCCACCUAA